UAUGAAAUGCGUCAGCAAGCACCAGAAAGCAGUAACUGACACUUGUUUUGUGUAAAACGUCGACGAAGUCGCUCGCCAGGCACAGUUCAGCCCUGACGACGUAGACAAGGUCGCCGCCAAUCAUCCCCCUCAAAUCAAACCCUCCAGCUUACACGUUUUACCAAAAAAACAGCUCGGUGGAUGCCAGCGCUGCGCGCAGUGAAAGUGGAAAAGUGCGGAGUCGCGACAGCGGAACGUGUCCGCUGAACGCCCCGGAUACGAAACACAACUAAACGAAGAGAAGUGGUGCAUGCAUAGUGCCCGGAUCGAAUUAUCUCACCUUCAGAUUUCACCUACCGCCCUACAUGCCCCGGGCAUAGACUUGCUCUGAAGCAUAUCUUCGACCACCUAGCACCACCAUGGCGAAGACAUACGACUACCUCUUCAAGCUGCUGCUGAUUGGCGACUCGGGUGUCGGCAAGACAUGCGUGCUCUUUCGAUUCUCCGAGGACGCGUUCAACACAACGUUUAUCUCAACGAUAGGUAUUGAUUUUAAAAUUCGAACGAUAGACUUAGAUGGUAAAAAAAUCAAAUUACAAAUAUGGGAUACGGCUGGUCAGGAACGUUUCCGAACGAUAACCACAGCGUAUUAUCGUGGCGCGAUGGGCAUUAUGCUCGUCUAUGACAUAACGAACGAGAAGAGUUUCGAGAAUAUUAAGAAUUGGAUAAGAAACAUCGAGGAGAAUGCGUCGGCGGACGUGGAAAAGAUGCUGCUGGGUAACAAGUGCGAGUUGGAGGAUAAGCGGCAGGUGUCCAAGGAGCGAGGUGAACAGCUUGCGAUUGAGUACGGGAUCAAGUUCAUUGAGACCAGCGCAAAGGCGAGCAUUCGCGUCGAGGAUGCUUUCUAUACGCUCGCGAGGGAUAUCAAGGCGAAAAUGGAAAAGAAACUGGAGGCGAGCAAUCCACCGAAAGGCGGCCACCAGCUGAAAGCGUCCGAGCCGCAGCGGAAGCCCACCAACUGGCUGUCGCGCUGCACUCUGCUCUGACCAUCUACCGCUAGUGACGUUAUCAAAUUUAUACAUACUACCUACAAUAUGAAUAUACCGAUAAUAAUUAAGCAUUAAGAGGGCGCAGCAGGGGCACAGAACACUCUAUAUCUCGAGACAAGUGAGCACCGCGCGGCGGUCCGGAUUCAAUUAAUAAAUGUAAUACUUGGGGUAAUGUAUAAUGUUAAACGAAAGUAAAUGUUAGAAUUUAAUGUGCAACCUGUAGCGGCACGCAGGCAAACCAGGCUCUGACUGGCCGAACAAUGUGAAAAUUUAACCGAUAACAGGCAUGAAAUAUGGUAAUAACACUGAAAAACAAAAAAAACAACUGAAGACUUUAUUAACUUUACUUAAGUGUAAAUGUAAUAUGUAACGAUUUUUUUAUGUGCUUCGAAGAAGCGAACGAAUUUUCUAUGCAAAUCGUAGGCGUGCGCGCAUGUUUAGCAUUUAGUACGCGCUGAUUAUGCUCAUUUUUGUAUCGUAUUUGUUGUACAUUUUGUUGCUUCGACACUUGAAACUAGCAGGGAUCGCGAUACCAGCAGACUAACUAAACAAAAAGACUAAGAAAUAACUAAACUUUUGCUUGCUUCGCGAUGGCGGCAGGAAUUUUGAAAAAUAUACACCGAUCACUUGGAGAUGUUUACACGUUGUAUACAAGCAUGAGGUUAGAUAUCAUCUUGACAUUGAAUAACUUUAUAAGCAAAUAGUAUUUGUUACAAAUAAGACAUAACUGAUGGAUUUUGAGAAGAAAUACAACCCCAACAGAUGAAACAAUCACUUAUCACCACCUCUAUGGAAUAAUAUAUACUUUUUCUAUGAUAAUUCCACUUGAAAACACGUUGAAACAAAAAUAACUCGAAACACAAGGAAAUAUGUGACAGGUAUAAACUUUAUACUUGACUUGAGGUGUUUUGGUUUGAAAUAAUUGUUCUGUUGUUGAGAUUAGGUUGAUUUAACGUUUGGUGAAAGCCAACUGAGGAAUGAAACAUGUGAUGUUUUUAUUAUUAUAAUUUACAUGCAUUUCGAGCACUGGUCAUGCGCAACUACUUUAAUAGCGGUCCUUUUUUGCAAAGUUAAUUGUAAUUUGCAAAAUGUGGGACCAAAAUAUCUGCUAAACGCUUGCGAAUCUUCUACAUAACGCAAUAGUUGUGUCAAAUUAGCUAUAAACCAGUUCAUGCUGUUAAAAUUACGGUUUUAGAAAAGUUUUUGGCCAGUGCUUCAAUUCAUGCUUCUUUCUAAGGUUAGUUAUUUAUCGAGGUGAUUCAGAUUUCUUUUGAUAUUAUAUUGAUUAAACGUGAAACACGAGCGAACACGCACCAUGUAUCUACACAAUGUUCUAUUACUUAUAAUGCGAUUUUACAAAUAUUUGUUCUGCUUAUCGAAAAGUUGUAAAAUAAUUUGCGAGAAGUUUGUGUGUACGAUUAGUCCUAUUAACGAUGAAACUCUAGUUAAUUUAUUUAUGUUAGUACCAUCUUUAUUAAGUUUAUAAAUACGAACGAAAUUUGAUGCGCGAAUUUGUUGCAAAUGCAAACACCGACAACGCAGAAUUUUUGAGCGAAAUGCGAAACGAAACUAACUGAAUACUAUUGUACAUAGACAUAAACGAACCUAAUAUAAAUACAAAUGAAUUAAAUGACACAUUGAUACAAAAAAUAAACGAAAAGUAUAAUAAUA